GGUACACAGCCACCACACUGUGACCCACUCUAGUCUCAAAAACCUCAUCUUCCUCUCUAUUCGCUCGUAGAGACCUUGCAAAGUUACGCUAGCUUUGACAAAGCCCCAAAAGAGCGAGCGAACACUGGAAAAUGGUGGUGUGUCUGAGGCUCCCUUCUCUCACGUCGUCUCUAUUCUCUUCCGCCACCGCCAACUCCCUCAGGCGCUCUCCGGCGUUUCUCCGGCGGCGAAGCAUUCGCCAGCUCCCGCCAUCGACGUUAGCCGCCGCCAGGUUCUCGGCGCAGGGCACGGCGACGACGGAGGAGCGGGCGGAUGAGAAGUCGAAGAGCGGAGCGAACAGCCAGGAGCGAGUGAUAACGCCUCGGUCACAGGACUUCAACGCUUGGUACCUGGAUAUCAUUGCCAACGCUGAGCUCGCCGACUACGGUCCCGUCCGCGGCACCAUGGUUAUUCGCCCCUACGGCUACGCCAUUUGGGAGGCCAUUCAGGAGUACCUGAACGUUAAGUUCAAGGAGACCGGUCACAGUAACAUGUAUUUCCCGCAGUUUAUACCAUACUCAUUUAUAGAGAAAGAAGCCAGCCAUGUUGAGGGUUUUAGUCCAGAAUUAGCUCUUGUGACUAUCGGGGGAGGAAAGGAACUAGAAGAAAAACUUGUGGUUCGACCUACAAGUGAAACCAUAGUAAAUCACAUGUUCACUCAAUGGAUUCAUAGCUACCGUGAUCUUCCUCUCAUGGUUAACCAGUGGGCGAAUGUCACAAGAUGGGAGAUGCGAACAAAACCAUUUGUGAGGACUCUUGAAUUUCUCUGGCAGGAGGGGCAUACUGCUCAUGCCACUCCAGAAGAGGCAGAAAAUGAGGCUAUACAGAUGAUUAACGUCUAUACAAAAUUUGCUUAUGAGCAAGCUGCAAUACCUGUUAUUGCAGGUCGAAAAUCUAGAGUUGAAACAUUUGCUGGUGCUUCAAGGACCUAUACAAUUGAAGCCAUGAUGGGUGAUCGCAAGGCAUUACAGGCUGGAACCAGCCAUAAUCUCGGGCAGAACUUCUCUCGUGCUUUUGGAACCCAGUUCACAGAUGAAAACGGACAAAGGCUACAUGUAUGGCAAACAUCAUGGGCAGUUAGUACCCGUUUUGUUGGUGGUAUUAUCAUGACCCAUGGAGAUGAUGCAGGGUUAAUGCUUCCUCCAAGGCUUGCACCUAUACAGGUGGUAAUUAUACCAAUUUGGAAGAAGGAUGAUGACAAAACUGGAGUUCUAAAUGCCGCAUCAUCUGUAAAGGAUCUUCUGCAAACUGCAGGGUUUAAAGUUAAACUUGAUGACUCGGACCAAAGAACCCCAGGAUGGAAAUUCAAUUUCUGGGAGAUGAAGGGAGUCCCUCUAAGGAUUGAGAUUGGUCCUCGUGAUGUUUCCAGUGGAAGUGUGGUUAUAUCUAGGAGAGAUAUUCCCGGAAAGCAGGGGAAAGUGUUUGGAAUCUCUAUGGAACCUUCAAUUUUAGCAGCUUAUGUAAAAGACAAAUUGGGCGAGAUCCAGGCAUCUCUUUUGGGACAAGCAACUUUAUUUCGGGACAGUAAUAUUGUAGAUGUAAGCUCGUAUGAUGAACUCAAAGUCGCAAUUUCCCAGGGCAAAUGGGCAAGGGGUCCUUGGUCAGCUAGUGAUGAAGACGAGUUAAAAGUGAAAGAAGAGACGGGGGCAACCAUUAGGUGUUUUCCCUUUGAGCAGCCUCAAGGGAUUAAAACAUGCUUGAUGACUGGCAAUCCUGCGGAGGAAGUAGCCAUUUUUGCAAAAUCUUAUUAAGACUCCAGGCAUGCUUCCCUUGAAGGUAAUCAUAUUGUUUAUGAUAUGGCAGCUGGUUGUCGGUCAAUCUUGUUAAGAGCUCUUGUUCCAAACUAUAAUUAGGACUAAAUUGUCCAAAUUGGUGUAAAUUAUUGACUGUUCUUCAACUUUUCUAUUGGUCUUGAUUCUACAUAAAGAUGGAUGCGGUUGCAUUUAGAUGCAGGAAGUAUAUUGAUAUGCGUUAUAUCUAACCUGAUAGAAGUUUUGGAGUUAUCUGAGAUAUUGGAUUCUUUUGGUGCACUAAA